AUUAACCCUUUAACUUGUUGAAUUGUAUAAAUGUUCCCCUUCCGACUGCUUUUAGCCGGUUUCAAUGGUACUGUGUAUCCUAUGUGUUAGUUUUAUCUUAUGUGGCGAAUGAGGUGACAUGUAGGGCUAAUGUUAUUAAAAAAGGGACAUGGAUGGUUUGUGUCCUAAUCCCCCGAUGGCUUCCUCCUCCUGUUUCUCAUCAUCCCUCAAUCGAUCAAGCAUGAAAUCAAUAGUGAACAAUCCAAAAGCUUGUGAUUGUGGUUCCAUGCAUUAUUCUAACCUCAAUGAGGGUAAAUGCAAAUAUUGGAGGUGGUUGGAUGUAGAACCUGUACAUAUGUCUCUAAAGGAUGUGGUGGAGGAAAUGAAUGUUGAAUUAGUAGCAUUGAAGACACGAAUAGAGAAGGUGAAGGAAGACAUGGAACAAAUGAAAAAGGAACAAUAUUCUUAUGCCAUUGCAAUGAAGAAAAAAUUAUAUAAGUUUACCAUAAGAUUUCUUUUUUUGAUCAUUGCGUAUAUGAUGAAAUGA